ACGGGGACAGAGUUAGCCGCCGCUGCUGCCGUCGCAAGACGGUGGCCCUGAGCGUCUGCUUCCUGACGUCGCCCCCGUGGUGCCGCAACAACCGGCCUCACCCUUUCGCGCUCUCUCCCCUUCGCCCAUAUUCCAUCGCCCGCUUUACGAAUCCUCGCUCAUGAAACCACCCGUCGGUCGCACGCUGUAUUGCUCGCGUACUUCUCAGCUGCUCACGCAGCGCACGCCGCGCGCUUCCUGCUUCCUUUUAACGGCGCGCAGUAGCAAGGUGUGCUUUCUGUUCCCUCAGUAAGCAAGUUUGCGUCCGUGCGUCUGCCCCCACGCCACAAGAAGACAGUCAUGGCGACGCCCAGGCCCGACAUCUUGAGGAAAUACCUCGAGCUCGAGCAGCCGGAUGAUGUGGUCUUCUGCACAUACGUGUAUAUCGACGGAACUCUGGAGAAUGUGCGUGCCAAGACCCGGACCUUCGACUUCGAGCCGAAAGCCCCGGAAGAUUGCCCUCGCUGGACGUUCUGCGCCCUGGGCACGUACCAGUGGGGGGACGCCGGUGCAAAGUCCGAGAUGUACCUGGAGCCCGUGGCCCUAUUCCGCGACCCGUUUCUCAAGGGAAGGAACAAGCUGGUGCUGUGCCAGGUGUUGCAGCACGACGGCACGCCGCAUGAGACCAACAAUCGCCACUCAUGCGCUGAGGUUAUGACGAAAGCUGCCAGCCAGGCACCUUGGUUUGGCAUCGAGCAAGAGUACGUGCUUCGAGAGAAGGAUGGUCGGGCGCUCGGCUGGCCCAAGGAUGGACACGUGAUUAGGCCGCUGGGACCCUUCUACAACGGCGUUGGAGCGGAGAACACCGUCGGAAGGCAAAUCUCGGAUGCCCACCUCAAAGCCUGCGCCUACGCCGGGGUCAAGAUCGGCGGCACCAAUUCCGAAGUCGUUCUGUCUCAGUGGGAGUACCAAGUGGGACCUCUGGAGGGCAUCGCGGCGGGCGAUCAUCUGUGGAUCUCGCGCUACAUCCUGGGGCGUGUGGCAGAAGAGUUUGACGUGGUCGUCUCGUUCGACCCGAAGCCCUUCGAGAGUGACGCUCUCUGCGGCUCUGGCGGACACAUAAAUUUCAGCACCAAGGACAUGCGCAAGCAAGGAGGCCUCGAACACAUCAAGGGUGCGCUGAAGAAGCUCGAAGCGAACGCCGACGAGCACCUGAGGAUCUACGACCCACGCAAGGGUGGCACCGCCAACCAACGACGCCUGAUGGCCGGAAUGCUGGCGACGCCCAACAAGAACUUCAUCACGGACACCUGCUCACGAGAGGCCAGCGUGCGCAUACCGCGCCUCGUGUGCGACGCCGGCCAAGGGUAUCUGGAGGACCGGAGGCCCGGUGCCAACGUCGAGCCAUACAGCGCCACAGCGGCCAUCGUCAAGACCGUGUGCCUCGCAGCCUAGAUGAUUGCUACAGACUGCUAGCUCGCCCUCGCUGCCUCCUGCAUAGCUUAUCUAUAGACCAUCCUAGUUUCAGCCUACUGGGCGCUGCCGUCCUAAAUAUGCGGUAUACUGUUAAAUGAAUCUUAUUCAAGAGAGCUUGCACUGUUAACGCUUUCGUGGCCACAGAGCGCCAAGUUAACGCGUUGGUUAGAAGUGAAAGGCGUCUUCGCGGAUCUUUUUGAUUGAAAAGGAGCUCUCGACCAUUCCCUGUAAAGUGCUACAGUAUGUUACAGCCAGACAUGGUGGUUCCCUCUUUACUUCCCACGAAAUCACCCACAAACGCAAAGAGAGCCAACUGUCGUGUUUUAUACCUAGAUUAAAAGAACGAGCCUAAAUUUGUGAAUGUAAUGACCAUGAUGACUCGAACUGCAGCAAUGUCGUUGCAUGACGCAGUUGCUUUCGUUUAGCCUUUGUCCGACCUCGCAGUUCAUGUAAACGUUGUCGCAUUGAGCGCGGACUCCGCCAUUAUAUCGCGAUCUAAAUGGGCCUGCGUGUCAAGACUGCAUGGAGGCCUCCCAUGCAAAGUCCAAAUGUCAAUGUAUGACGCUGAAUACGUGGCACUUCACAUGGCGACUACCCUUUACCUAAUAACCCUGACCUGGAGGCGAUAGCCGUCCGCCACUUCCUUGAAGUGACACAGAUGAACAUGUGCGGAUGAUUUUAUAAUUGUGUGUUCGGGUCACAAAGUAUGCUUGUGCCGAUAUUGUCUCAAUAAAACCUGAAACAAAUAGCGAUGCCAUAA